GAGACGAGCGUCACUUUGGGAACCCAGACUCCUUGACUCGGCCCCCUAUAAAAGCAUGUCGAUCGUCAGGCAGUUCUUCAACUUACUUUCUUCAAGAGAAUCUAAUAAAGGAAAAAGCAAAGGCUUAUGACAGUAACGAACCUGAGAAACCAGCAGGGCAUCAACCAAACAUUUAUACACCGUUAAAAGGCAGAAGUAAAUUUCGAGAUCAGUCCAGUAUAGGGAAGCAGUCACAGCCGUUGGCCAAAAAUGAUGGUGAAUCGCGGAGUGGAUUUCACAAGAACUGGACUUUGUUACUGGUUCUGUUAAUUAGUAUCCCAUUGCUUUAUGUCCUGUGGAGUGGAAUACCAAGUCUUCUGGAUGCAACUUUGUCAAGUAGAGAUACUCAAAUUCUGCAAGCAUUUCGGGCCCAGAUGAAGAAACUAAAAAAUACUUACCAAAGUCAGGACCCCAAUCUGUGGAAAAGAACCCGCGUGUUCCUUGAAAAACACCUUAAUGCUUCCCAUCUGCAUUUGGAGCCAGCCAUCUUACUGUUCACAGCUGGCCAAGAAGCUGAGAAAGCGCUGAGGUGCCUAAGUAACGAGAUUGCUGAUGCUUUUGCCUUCUCCCAGAAUGCUACUACAAUCAAAAUUAAUGGGGCAGACAAAGCCAUAUUGGAUAGUGACAUUGUCAAGCUGGAGGUAGAUAAUGAGCUCAGCUCUGGGUUCAGAGAAGGCAAGAAGGUAGCAGUGGUGCAUCGAUUUGAAUUACUGCCUGCAGGCUCCACCUUAAUCUUUUACAAGUACUGUGACCAUGAAAAUGCAGCAUUUAAGGAUGUGGCUCUUCUGCUGACAGUUCUCCUGGAUGAGCAGUCGCUGAGAAAGAGCCUCACCUUGCAAGAAGUUGAGGAGAAAGUCCGGGAUUUCCUCUGGGCGAAGUUUACCAGUUCAGAUGUUUCCUAUAAUAGCAUGGACACAGAUAAGCUGAGUGGACUGUGGAGCCGUAUAUCUCACCUUGUGUUGCCUGUUUGGCCUGAAAAGGGCCUCCCUGUGGAGGGAUGCACAUAA